UGUGUGGGGGUGUCAGCAGAACAUACCCUGGUCUGACUCGCGGAUUGACAUGUGGAGUGAACAAGAAGUUCAUAACGUGACGCACUAAUGGACUGCCAUACGGACGGAUGUACACGUAAGGUGACGCAAUCUUGUAGCGACACUAAGGCACUGACAUGGCCUAACACAAAGUGAUACACUCGUGGACUGACACACCCACGGACUGACACCCAUGGACUGACCUGCAGACUCACACACUGGCGACUGAUAUCUCAACCGAUCCGGGGAUCACUCUUCACCAAGCCGCACAGACCUGUGUGGUGAAGCAUGAUCACACAACCCUCCCACGACCAGCACGGCAUGGGAAAGCCUUCAUCCAACAAUGGAUUGACACAAGGCAAAUUAGCUUGUACAAACAUAAAUCCUUUUAGAUUGAUGUGGAAAAUACUGUUAAUGAGAACCUUUUAAUUCCUGAAUUGCAUUUCACAGGGUUUGUGUCUUCAUGCGUCCACACUGCCCUGAUUACUGGCUCAUGGAAUGUUAAUCUUAUUGUGAUGUAAUAGUCGCAGCCCCCAGAGUCCUGUGGCGAGCUGUAUGCCUAGCCACUGCAAACUAAAGAGCUCUCUUGCCAUGACACACAGUGAUACAUGCUAAGAGUGACACUCACGGACUGACACGGAUUGACACACUCGUAGACGGACACACUGACUGACAUACAGACUGACAUACUAAGAGAGCGAUAAACUCACGGACUGCCGCUCACGAAGUGACACACUUACGGACUGCCACAACGACAGACAUUCUCACGGAGUGAAACACCCACAGAGUUGCAUGGAGUGACACAUAGACUGACACACUCGUGUACAAAGGCGAGUGAUAUAUGAACCGGUCCUGGGCUCUCCUCCGUUCACCAGCCUACACUGAUAAAAGCAUUGCCUUGUCAAUGCAAAUGAUUAGCCGUGCUCUGCCCCUAGCAGCCUAAUGGGCUGUGUUUGCAUUUCGAUGUACAGUGCUCUCUGGCUAUGACAAAUGAGUGAGCUAGUUUUUCCACAACGAUGUUAUUGGCUAUCUUGAAAACUAUUAGAGAUUUAAAUUCGUGUGUGCUGCUACCCACACGCAGAGGCUCUGUUCAAAUCUGCUCUUUCAUUCCGUCCGUGCCUCGGGACUUGUUUUAUACUUGCGAAGAGAUAUAUGAAGUAGUGAAAGAUGAUGCCGGUGGACAAUAUUGUCAGGGGUGACUCCUCCGCAGGUUGGUAGCCUGUUGUUCCAACUAUGGCAUGCUGCUGAGUGGUCUCUCUACAAAACAUUGGGUGCAUGCUGUGCGGCUACCAUGCCCGGCUCUCUGUCUAGCCACCGAAUCAGGUGACGCUUUGAAUGGCCGGGUGAAUAAUUACACACUGACAAUCUUAUCAUCAUCGCCUUUAUCGUCUCUCUUAGCCGAAUGCUUAACUUUAUUGCUUGAUCUUAAGCUUUGAACAUAAACCUUUCACCUCUGUACUGACCUAAGCUGACAAUCAUGUGGUUGACAGUAAAAAGAAACGACCGCAUCCCCGCAAUGUCUUGCUCACGCCACUGCUGGCGGAAGGGGCCUACACUAGAGGGAGCGUAUUUUGGCCGACUCUACCAUUCUAAUCAGAUGUCUAAGAGUUGGGAGUACCCACAUUUUACCCCACCACACGCGACCUACUGAUUGACUAACUGGUGUACCCAUUUAUACCGCUCGGUGGACAUUGGUCGGUGGGGAGGGAACUGCCGCACAGGGAUAUCACAUUGGUGAUCUCUACAUGGAAAGCACACAAUGGCUCGCAGUGAGUACAGUUUAAUAGUCUCAGCGGGCAGUGCUCAUCUCCGUUGUUGGAAGCCUGAAUAGAGCCCACAGCCGAAAUUCCACAUUUAUCUGGAGGAGCCUAGUCUUAUUUGUCUUUUGUAUGGCUGAUGCAGAGCAACAACUAUAAUUUCACAUUCAGGUGGCCAAGCCAGAUAAACGCAUCAGGAUUUUUCAGAGUGUAUCGCUGUGAUGUCUCCUUUGUAUUUGUAGAUCGGGCAUUGCGUCGUUAUACGUUGUACGGUCUGUUCUGGAUGACCACAGUCACACACUACUAGAGAGUUUUUGUUUCCAUUUGUGCAUCAGGUAUUGGAAUCUACUGCUAUGGUUUGUGCAGUGAAUGCGGUUUAGGGUGGACCUUGAGGAGCUUCGUGGAAGAUCAAACCCAGGAAUCUUCUGGGUUUGGUCUUUUACAAGUUGUUUGUUUGUGAGGAGCCGAGUACAUUCAUUCGACAACUGCUGUUGGCUUUCCACUAAAUGGUUGUCAUGUUAUUGACCAUGGAGGCAUGAUGAUGAUGGAUUUAAUCGAUUCCAAAACCGGGAUUGGAACCUGCGACCUUCCAAUUCAGAGUGAAGCCUCUGACCGCAAUGCCAACUGGCGGAUAGCAUGAAACAAUCUGGCACUUUCACCCAAUCCUCGCAGACUAUACCCGUCUCUGAACCACUGUGAAAUUUCCAAACUCCACAUUUCUGUGAUGGGGCCCAGACUAUAAUGAACAAGGCGCUUUUUACAGACAGCAUAAAAGAAGCAUUGUCUCCUCUACUCAUGCCAGCUUGAUCUCCUCUCCUCCCGCUUAAAUGCCCAAUCGCUUGAGCCUCCUCCCCUCUUCAUUGCCUACACAAGUCCCCCCUCCCCUCCCCCUGGGCCCUCACUAAUCCCCUACAGGUGACUCCCACGUGGCGCUGAUCAGGAUUAAGAUCACGAUUGAAUAGUUUGCCCCAUCCGCAGACCCCGCACACCCCCACCCCCGCCAAACCAAACCCUGUGACUCGGUCUGCCCUCCACCUCGGAUAAAUCACAUUGAACCCCCUGUAUGAUGGGUGGGCAUUGUAUGUUAAAGGGAGGGAGGGGUGCGGCUGGUGGAAUCCUCAUGGUGUGGGGAGGCUGUGUGGGUGACCGGAGAGCGACAUUGUCUCGGUGCCACUUCUAACUUGACUCGCUUGCGAGGUGUAGGUUGUAUGUUGUUGAGUCUAUCCUACCUCUCCAUAUCUCUUUCUGUUCAUUCAUCUCGGUUUGUCUCUGUGUGUAUUUCUUGAAGAUUGUCCCCCCCCUCCCCGUAUCUCUCGUCUCCUUGCGGCGUCCCUAUCCUUAAUCAUUGUUCGGCUUUGGAUUUAACGGCCGUAUUCAUAUUGGUAUCGUCAGUCCGGAGACCCGCAUCAGUUCAACUAGAUUCAGUGCUGCAGUUCUUUUCAGCAACAUCUAGAAACGUCUUGAUCACUCGUGGUCGCUCAGAGCGAGGUCCUACACUGUCCUGGUAAUACCAGGACUUGUUCCGGCAAAACCCCCAAUGCUCCAACACGGUCCGGAAAGAUUCUGACAACUCCAGAAUGAUCCAUCAGCGUUCACUGAUAAUCCUGAUGACUGCAAUUUGAUCGUGGAAGGUCCGCAUUACUCCAUCGAACUUAAGCAAGAUCCAACUUUCUGCAGCACAAUCUGGUGAUAUCUACCAAGAUCUCAAUCAAGCACGACCGUGAGCGCUCCUACCCACGCAAUCUGACUGUCAACACUCCUGGUCGAUCCAGCAGGCUCUCAAUUACACCAUCGUGAUCUUAGCAAGGUCUCAAUCGUGCCAGCUUGAUCCAGAAGAUCGCAAUUGCUACAACUCGGUUUUCAAAGACGUUCCUCACUUCAGCUUCAUCUGGAAAGAUCGGAGAUAUCUUGAAAUCACUCCAGGACAGUUCUGUAUCAGUCCAUUACAGUUAUAAAUCAAUCCAGCUGUAAAUUCAUCCGGCAAUAUUUACUUAUCCAGAAAGAUUUACUCCGCUCCUGCUCAUCCAGCAAUAUAACCGAUCACUCGAGCUGCAUCUGGUAGGAUCCUGACCAACUUCAGCACGAUCACGGCACUCUGCCCAAAGCCAUACCUCCACGCACGUCCGCCUGCCCGCCCGUCCGUCCACGCUUCUUCCUCAACGACCGCGGCGACGACGACCACAACCAUGAACCGCGCUCAAAGCCUGCAGUCGCUGUCGACGAAACUUGACCGGCUGGAGCAGGCGGUCCAGGGCGUGAGCCUCGUGCUGCACCGGAGGGGGCGGGGGGCGUCCACCGCGUCGUCUUCGGCGGUCGGCACCCCCUGCGGCCGCCGCAGCCGGGCCCCGAGCUUGGCCUCUUUGUCCUGCGCCUACUCGCCGGCGCCGUGGCCCGGCGGCCCACUUGGCGGGGACGUCACGUUGGGCGCGAACGGCCUGCGCUCGUGGAACUCCUCGCUGGUGCUGUGCCGCGAGGAGGGCGGGCGCGGGCGCGUCGCCUGCGGUGGAGACGGGGAGCGCGACGACGACGGUGAUAAUUAUUGCGAUGGGGAAGAAGAGGAGGAGGCUGAGGUGGUGGGAGGAGAAGAAGCGGCUGCCACUUGGGCGCUCGACGAGCUGGUCAGGGCCAUGCGGUCGUUACGGGGAGAGCCGGAGGUGCAGAUGAGACUGCGCGUGAUCACAUGGAACGUGGGAACGGCUGAGCCCCCCGAAGAGGCAGAUGCUCUGCUCGCCCUGGACCAGGAGGGCCCCCCACCACAUCUCUACAUCAUAGGGCUGCAGGAGCUGAGUGCGCGUGUGGACUUGUUUCUUCGGGACUCUCUCGUCGACGACCCCUGGAGCUGCUUCCUGAUGGACGUGCUGGCUCCGCGCGGAUAUGUGCGGCGCGAGUCCGUGCGUCUGCAGGGACUGCUGCUGCUCGUGUUCGUGCAGAACUCCCUGCUGCCGCUCGUGAGGGAUGUACAUACGGCGUACACGCGUACGGGGCUCGGGGGCUACUGGGGCAACAAGGGCGGCGUGAGCGUGCGCAUGUCGCUCUGCGGCCUCUCCCUCUGCUUCGUCAAUUGCCACCUCCCGCCGCACGAGGGCGGCCACCUGCAGCGCCUCGAUGCUCUGGAGAGGAUCUUGGACGAGCAGCGCUACCCCGCGGUGGCACCGGCGAUGACGCCGAUGGAGAACGACGCCAACGGGAGUGGCGGGGACAGCGGCGGCAGGGACGCGGCUGGCCGAGACGGGAACGGGGACGGCCUCGCGAUACUGGAGCACGACAUCGUGCUCUGCCUGGGCGACCUCAACUUCCGCAUCGCCGACCACGGCCUUCGCUUCACGCGCGACUCCAUCGACAACGGCCGCCUCCACCUCCUGUGGGGCAAGGACGAGCUGAACAUAUCCAGGGCUAACGAGGGGUUCUUGCGCGACUUUCAAGAGGGGCCACUCUCCUUCCCCCCCACGUACAAGUUCGACCAGGGGACCAACACCUACGACACCAGCGGCAAGCGGCGCAAACCCGCGUGGACCGACCGCGUGCUGUGGCGGGUCAAGGGUGACUCCCACAAUGCCCCGGGGCCAGAGGGUGAGGGGAGGGGGGCGGGCGCCGUUGAGGACCGUGGCGACGGCGCGGCCGCCCCGUCGCCCCGAGUCAAGCUGCUCUCCUACACGAGUCACAUGGACUGCAACGUCAGCGACCACAAACCCGUCACCGCCGAGUUUCUGAUCCAGCUGGAGGGAGAGGUGGACGCCGAGGGCCCGGUGAGCGUGGAGGCGAUUGGGGAGUGGAGCGCAGCGCGGGAUGCCAAGCUCUCGCUCCAUGUGCAGCCGGGCUUUCCCACAAACCCCUGGGACUGGAUCGGGCUCUAUGCUGUCGGCUGGCGUCACCCCAAGGACUACGUGUCGUACGUGUGGGCCCGCGACGAGGAACUCUGGAGCCUUUGCGAUGACCGGUUGGUUCGCUUCGACUCGGAGCUGAUUCCACGUGAGGGUGGCGAGCAUGUGCUCGCGUUCUACAGCCGCAAGCACGGCAUUGUGGGAAUCAGCCGCCCCUUCAUGGUCUCCACCGCUCCCUUCUCCCCCCCCGACAGUCCCCCCCGCACCCCCACUGAGGACCGCUCCUCCUGGGGGAACGACUUCUGAUGGCGCUCCUUGUUAACCGCUCCACUAACGAAGGGGCAGGGAGAUGACGAGGUGGGGGGAACGGUCAUCGUUGGUGAAGUAUGGGGAUCGAUGGUAAAUCUACCGGUCUCCUGCUCAUCACCGGCCCGCACCUCCCUCCCCUCAUCGCCCCACCUCGUUAGCGACCAUCCCGCGUGCUUGAUUGGAACCCGCGGUUGAACUUCGCUGCGGUUGCUACGCGGCUGCACUUUAGAUCCAUAUUGAGGGGGGGCUUUGCGUGCCGUGCUGUGUGAUGUGUUGUGGUGUGCUGUGUGUGUGCUGUGUGUGAUGUGGUGUGUGAUGUGUGUUGUGGGGUGUGUAUG